AUGUCUGCUCUCUUCCACUUUGACGCGCUCCUCCUGGUUAUCCUGCUCCUUGUGUGCACAUGCACCUAUGUGCGCGCCACUGUGCCGGGCAUGGUAGACUCACGGAAGGAUAAGAACAUCUUCUUUGGCAUGUUUUGGAAGUUUGCCCGUAUCGGAGAGCGAUUGUCGCCAUAUGUUAGCUUAUGCUGCAUCAUUAUGGCUGUUGUGACAUUUGUUUCAUAA